AUGAAAACAAAAAACAUCAAAAAGCUCAAAACACAUGAGGUACAACUGAAAAAGGGAGUUGGCAAGCCUGUAGGAAUCCACAUAAUAAAAUUGGAAAGUCCAGCAAUUUGGAGUUCUUUUAAGGAGGAAAGACAACUAAUAGAAUAUUUUACUCAGAUUGGAAGGCACGUCUAUUUGAGUUUGGCAGGCACAAAAAAGAAUAUACACAAAGAUGGGCUCUCCGAUAAGGCCUAGGCCAAAUAAGAAAAGUUAUAGGCUAUUUUUUAAAACAAAAAUACAUACUCCUAUAUGGAGCACGUAGCUCGAAGUUUGUUUAAUUGGAAAUGCAAGAGUCUUGCCGUCGUUUAUUUUUUUAGACAUGAUCGAUUCGAUAAGCAACAAUAUUAAAAAAUACUCUUCAAAAAUGAGAAAUGGAAUUCAAUUAUUAAGAAUAUCAAAUUCCUUCUAAAUGAAUAGUUUUAUUAUGAACUAACUUCACUUCUAAAAAUGUUUGAGUUACAUUACACUACAGAACAAAUCGGCGAAAAAUUGAUUGAAUAAUCUCAACAUUUGGAUUAAGUGCCUCAGAUAGUUUAAAAUUUCUUUUUACUCUUAAAUAAAGAAAAACGUAUUGACCAAAUGAUACAAGGAACUAGCUGUACACAACUGGAAAUCCUAAAAGGAGUAUAUUUAAAUUCCUUAGAAAAUCACAAGGAUUAUCUCUAUGAGAUAAUUGAAAAAAUCAGAUAGAUAAUGAAUGCGAAUUGUAUUCCCCAAUUUUCACAGCAAUACGAAGAUGUCAGCAAUGAGGUUUAGAGAUCCUUCCUCAACGAUGAUAAUGACCUCCUUUACUAAAUUGAUUAGGAAUGA